AUGCAGGUUAGCAUCGAUCAAUUAUUAAGUACUUCUUUUUAUGAAUGUAAUUUAGGUUUUUGUAAUAUAUUAUGUAUUCUAUUAUUUAUCACUAUUCUGAAUAAAACAGUCCUAACAAAUGAUAUAAAAGAUGUUCAAUUAAAAUCCCAAUUGGACAAUUUAUCAUUACCAAAAGAACUGAUUAUUAACACUAUUUUUGUUGUUCAUCUUCAAUCAGCCCUAGUAAUUAUGUCUAGUGAACGAGAUUUUCCAUUUAAUAUUUCAUCAGAUUCUAAAUUUAAUUAUAUUCGUUAUCCUCAAUCAUAUCGUACGACAGUAGUACAGGUUAGUUCACACAUGCAUAAAAUAUUUUCAGAUACUUAUUCGACUAUGUAUCAUAUUCAACUGGCUGUUAAACGAAUUCCAAAUCAUAUUAAAACAAUAUUAAAACUUAUUACUACAGGUUCACCUAGCAUGACUCAAAGAAUGUUACCUACUACGUUCAAUAAUAUGGCUCGUAUUUCAAAUGAAAAUAAAAUUUUGCUCAAUAAAACUAUAGAUCAAUUAACUGAUCUUUCUAAUUUUUUAAAUGAAAUUAAACAAUAUACAAUAAAUUUAUCAUUAAAAUUUACUAACUAUUCUUCGGAUAAAACUAAUUUAAUACUUUAUAAUGAAUUUAAUUCGAAAGAUAUUCUUGAGAAACUUUGUAUAAUAAUUCUGCAAAUGAAAAAACAAUAUGAACAAAUUGUUCAAUUAAUUUUUACUGUUGAUAUUCAAGAAAAAUUUAAUUUAUUUAAUAAUGAUAAUGAAAUUAUUCAUUUUAUUUCAAUUUUAUAUAGCAUUGAAAAUAAUGCUUAUUAUCUUUAUCAAUUAUCAAGUAUUUAUACAGAUAUAUUAAAUCGAUAUGUACUUGAUCAACUUGCUAAAAUUGGACGAUAUGCAGUAUUAUCAACUGAUGAUGAACGUUUAAAAAGUUUUUCCAAAUUAUCACAACAAAUGUCAAACACUUUUCAUGAAGUUGAACAAUUAUUUAUCGAACGUCAAAAUGAAUUUGAAAUCAAUAGUAUGAUGUUACAGCAAGCCUAUGAAAAACUUUUUAAUGAAUUUAAAAAUCGUUUACCAACAUCUGAAUUGUUAGAAACCAAAUAA